AUGAUAGGUUUUACCCCUGAUCCCAUUGCAAUGAGUCAGCUUAUGCAAAGUCCAGCUAUUUCACAGUUCAUUCAGCGUCUCCUUUCAAACCCACAGAACACGAAUCCGAUGGACGACUUUGUAUUGCCCCCAUCUGAGUCAACUCGAAUCUUGAAGGACAAGGAAAUAAUUUGUGUGAAAAGAAAAGAAAUGGCUUUGGUUGAAGCAAUACAGGGGGAAGAUGCUGGUAAUUUACUUGACUAUCCAGAAGUCAACAGGAAAGAACCUGUAAAUAAUUGCAUGUUACUUCUAGAAAAUGAAGAGUUUGAUAAGGAAACUGGAGGAUACCAAAGUGAAUAUGAGGAUGCUGAAGAUGAAAAGUUGGAAGAUGAACCUUCACCUAUACAAACAACUUCCAAGAAAAUAAAAGCCUCUAAAACAUCUAGGAGCUCAAAGAAGAAGAAACACCGAACAGUGAUGGAUGUUGUUGAAGAUGAAGUUGUGACAGAGGACAACAACAUUAAUAAUGACAAAUUUUGUCCCAUGAAAAUCAUUAAACCAAGAAGAAGAACACACAGGGUGAUGAGUGGUGAUGAAGGUGAAGUUAGAGAUGAAAUUUGCAACAUUGAUGAUGAUAAAAGUAAAACCAUUAGCAAGAAGAAGAUUAAACCAAAUGAGGAAGCUAACAUGGGAGAUGGUGAAACAAGUGACAAAAGGAGUGAAGAAUAUCUAGAAGACAAUGUCCAAGGAAUUGAACAAGCCUCUACUACACCUGAUGGGGAUAAAAAGGGCUCUAGUAGAAGUGCUAGAAGGAAAAAGGCUAAGAGACAAUGGAAGCGAGAACUUACUAAAAUUUCACAAAAGCCUGAUACUGAUACCCAUCUAGAAGGGACAAAUGACCACCCGAAGGGGCAUGAAAAGAGUUUAAUAGAAGAAGAAGAAAGAAAUUGUAAUGGGAAUACAGAUACUCAACUUGUUGCUUGUGUAGUCAAGCCAGGCCAUAUUCGCUUUGAACUUCUUAAUGAAGAAGCGCAUAGAAAAGCUGAUGGCGUAAACAAAACUGCCACCGAAUCGACAUGUAUCUUCACCUUUCUUUCUCUUCGUGACACCUAA